AUGGCUCAGAGCAGCAUUGGACAUAAAUUUCCAAAUCUCCAGGAAUGGAAAAUUCAAGAAAACAAAAGCGGAAAGUCUGUCCUAGAACUUCAAAACAAUCAUCCUAUCCCCACUCCUUCCGGCUUUGUGUUCAGGUUAGGUUCACUUACACUGAGCCAGAGCUGUCAGUUACACCUGGUGCCACACGCUGUAACCUGCCGCCUUCCUGCUAACAGGUGGAUUCCAGAGCUUAAACGGUUCGUGGAAAUGGCCACUUCAGAAGAGGAACAGAUCACCACCCUCAACGACUUGUCUAAACAAGCAAUUGAUGGGUAUGACAAUCUUGUGAAAGAAAAUGAGAAGAUGAAAGAGGAGAAUAUAAGAUUGACUGAGGAAAAAGAUAAUGCUGUUCAACAAGUGAAAGAACUCCACAGAGUCUCUCGAAUGGUGAUUGAUGAAGUCGGUGUAAUUCAAAGCCACCUUGACAUGGAGAAAAAUUGCCGUGAAACUGCUGAAAUAUUUGCUUCAAAGCUCCACAAGGACAAUAAGAACCUUAAAAGAAUCAGCAUGCUCUGCAUGGGGAAACUGGCAACAGAUACGCUCCCUGUUGAGCUUUCCUUAGGAGAAGAUUCAACAAUUGAUGCUACAAAUAUGCAUUUAGACAAGGAUAUUGGAUGUACUUCUAUAGAAUGUCAACAUCAAAUUCAAGAUCUUCGAGAAAAACUGACAAUAGCACUGGAAGAGAAGAAGCAGUUGUCUUUUCAGCUGGAGACCAUAAAAGGUCAUUGCAAGGACUUGACUGAUAAAUUACGAAAAGAAGAAGAAAGAAACAUUGUUCUGGCUACAAAGGUUGACAAACAAAAUCAAAUUCUAGCCAAGUACAAUAAAGUUUCCACUUUGGCCCUGGAGGAAUACGAAAGCUUGGAGCAAAGUCUAGAAAUGGAGAAAGAUCUCCGAGAGGAGGCAGAGUCUUUUGCUCAUGAGAUGCUUAUCGAACAAAAAAAACUAAAACGGCAAAGCCGGGUUCUUAUUCAGAACAUGGUGCCUCAUGAGCAGCUAAUGAAAGCUCUUGACGACCUUGCAAUUGUGACAGAGGUAAUGGAGAAGGAGAGAAUUCUGCAUGAGAAAAAGAUAAAGGAAAUGGAGGAACAUCUAAAUAAUUCCAGACUUCAGAAAGAGAUAAACUCACUGAGGAAGCAGCUUACACUUUUUGAAGAAGACAAAGAUGAACUCAAACUUAAGUGCAAAAUAUCUGAUCAGCAAGUUAACGAUCUGAAACAUACCAUUGAUGAACUGCAGAAACACAUCCAACAAGCGGAAAGCUCUACACCACCACCACCACCACCGCCUCCACCUCCACCUCUUCCAAAGCUAUCACCAUCUGCAAAUCCACUAAAGAAUCUUAUGAUGAUCAUUUGUAAAAAACAGAAAGCAUCCAAUUUGUCGCAGGAAUCGGACGGAUCCUUGGAUGAGGUGAAGAAACAAGCAGUUGAUGAAAUGAUGGAGAGAAUUAAGAAGGGAGUUCAGCUUCGGAAAGUUAAUUGUCCUAACAUGACUCCACUUACUAAGAAUGCACCUCAAGAAUAUACUGCGCUACGGGAGCUCAGAGGAAUACUGAAAUCUAAUAAAGUUGGAACGUUGGCCACCGUUACCCAGGUUACGGGAGAAAAUGAGCUGGAAAGAAUCUUAUGUCACAGAAAGGAAAUAACAGAAACUGAUGCUGGUCUACAACACAACGCGAUUGAUACAACAUCUCAAUGUGUGGCUACCUUAAGUUCGGGAAAUAUAUUCAUCAGAAAUAACUUUAAUCGAAUUUCGGGUCGGAGAGAACGAAGCAAGAAAGUAAAUGCAAAGCUUUCAGAUUCCUGCUCAGUUCCAAAUCAAAGGAAGGAGAAUGACUAA